AUGCUAUAUAAACGCACGCAGGCAAGGAAGAAGUACCCAACCAACUGCGCACUGAUGAAGUCUCCUCGCAUGGUGACGAAACGUUUGCAAGCCCAUUGCCAAGUUUGGCGAACAGAUCAACAGCCACCUGAUCAACAACCGAUACACGGUCAACGGGGAUUGCACAUCAUAACUGGCGAACACAGGAGAAGGAUGAACAACCGUCGGAAGUACACCAAGCGCCUGUCAAGGACGAGCAAUGCUUUGGACAAAGGACAUAGAAUGGACCUGGAAAACGGGGAAGUCACAAGACGCUAA